AGCCCGCAACAGUUCCGCUCGCCGUACCGGAGUUCUUGCUUACGCUGGCUUCGCUCUUACUCGUUCGUUGCUAAAUUUUUUGAAUAAACAAGCAAAAGCACAAAAAUUGCCAAAACUUUAAAAUAAAUUCCAUGGGAGUAUAUAAUGCCGCGUGUCUUCGUGGUCUGCCAUCAUUGCCCAAAUCACCAAAUUCUCGGCCUUUUCUCUCUACCCCGUAUUCUGUCCUUCCCCUUCCCUAUUCCCAUCUUUUUACCGGCGGCGGCAGUCAAGGUGCAGCUAGAGUCACUAGGCAGAUAUUUUGGGCGAUGAGUUUUUCUCCUUCCGAUCCUCUCUCCGUCGAAGAGAAGACCGCUGUCAAGAGCGAGCGACUCUCCUCUUUCCGGUUGAGCGAAUCCACCUUUCUUGCAUCCCUCAUGCCGAAGAAGGAGAUCGGUGCUGAUCGAUUCCUGGAGGCCCAUCCCACUUACGACGGCCGGGGCGUCGUCAUUGCUAUAUUUGAUUCUGGCGUGGAUCCAGCUGCUGCUGGCUUGCAGACGACGUCAGAUGGAAAACCAAAAAUCAUAGAUAUAUUAGAUUGCACAGGAAGUGGCGAUGUUGACACCUCAAAGGUUGUCAAGGCUGAUGCUGAUGGCUAUGUAAUGGGAGCUUCAGGGGCACGACUGCUUCUUAAUUCAUCAUGGAAAAAUCCUUCGCAGGAGUGGCAUAUAGGCUGCAAAUUAGUUUAUGAACUUUUCACAAACAGUUUGACUUCUCGUAUUAAGAAAGAGAGGAAGAAAAAGUGGAGUACUAAAAAUCAAGAAGCAAUCUCGGAAGUUUUGAAGCAUCUUAAUGAGUUUGAUAAGAAACAUCCAAAAACUGAGGACUCUAAAUUAAAGAGAGUUCGUGAAGACUUUCAAAACAAGCUUGAUUUCCUUAGGAAGCAAGAUGAAGUAUGUGAUUGCACAAUUCAUUCUCUUAGGGGGCCUGUAAUUGAUGUAGUUGCCUGGAAUGAUGGUGAUUUAUGGAGGGUUGCUGUUGACACACACAACUUUGAAGAUGGCUCAGAGCAGGGAAAACUGGCAGAUUUUAUUCCUUUAACAAACUACAGAAUUGAAAGGAAGUAUGGCAUAUUCAGCAAUCUGGAUGCCUGUUCUUUUGUUACUAAUGUUUAUGAUGAAGGUAAUCUUGUUAGUAUAGUUACAGACUGCUCACCACAUGGCACACAUGUUUCUGGCAUUGCCUCUGCCUUCCAUUCUGAGGAGCCACUAUUAAAUGGAGUUGCUCCUGGAGCCCAAUUAAUAUCAUGUAAAAUUGGAGAUACACGGUUAGGUUCAAUGGAGACUGGCACUGGUUUGACUCGGGCUUUGAUAGCUGCAGUGGAGCACAAGUGUGACCUCAUCAAUAUGAGUUAUGGAGAACCAACCCUACUUCCGGAUUAUGGGAGAUUCGUUGAUCUUGUUAAUGAAGUUGUGGGCAAGCAUCGUCUGAUAUUUAUUAGUAGUGCUGGAAAUAAUGGACCUGCUUUAAGUACUGUUGGUGCACCUGGUGGCACUAGUUCAAGCAUAAUAGGAAUUGGUGCGUACGUUUCCCCUGCAAUGGCUGCUGGAGCUCAUUGUGUAGUUGAACCUCCUCCAGAGGGAAUGGAAUAUACUUGGUCUAGUCGAGGUCCGACUGUUGAUGGUGAUCUUGGAGUUAGUGUUAGUGCGCCUGGUGGAGCUGUUGCUCCUGUGCCGACAUGGACUCUACAGAGACGCAUGCUGAUGAAUGGCACUUCCAUGGCAUCUCCAUCAGCAUGUGGUGGAGUUGCUUUACUUCUUAGUGGAAUGAAGGCUGAAGGUAUUUUCAUUAGCCCAUACACUGUACGGAAAGCAUUGGAGAAUACAACAAGUCCUAUUAGUGAUCUGCCUGUUGAGAAACUAACCACGGGGCACGGGCUUAUGCAAGUUGAUAGGGCAUAUGAAUAUAUUCAGCAGUCGAAAAAUCUUCCAUCUGUUUGCUAUAAAGUUUUUAUUUCUCCAGCUGGAAAAUCGACUCCAAUAUCACGUGGAAUCUAUCUAAGAGGAGAUUGUUCUUGUCAACAAAGUUCUGAGUGGACUAUCCAAAUAGAACCAAGUUUCCAUGAAGGGGCAAAUAACCUGGAAGAAUUGGUUCCUUUUGAGGAGUGCAUACAACUAUUUUCAACUGAAUCAUCGGUUGCUCAUGCUCCUGAAUAUCUUCUUCUAACACACAAUGGGCGUAGUUUCAACAUAGUUGUGGAUCCUACCAAGCUUAAUCAUGGCUUGCACUUUUAUGAAGUUUAUGGUAUUGACUGCAAAGCUCCAUGGCGUGGUCCACUUUUUAGAAUUCCCAUUACAAUUACAAAACCUCUUGCUCCACUUGGCCAGCCGCCACUCAUUUCAAUUUCUGAUUUAUCAUUUUCCCCAGGCCAUAUUGAAAGGAGGUUUGUUGCUGUGCCAAUUGGAGCUACUUGGGCUGAGGCAACUGUGCGCACUGCAGGUUUUGAUACCGCCCGAAGGUUCUUUAUAGAUGCAGUGCAGAUCUGCCCUCUAAAGCGGCCUAUCAAAUGGGAAAGCGUAGUGAACUUUUCAUCUCCUUCUCAAAAAAGUUUCCUGAUACCAGUGAAAGGUGGCUUAACUAUGGAACUGGCAGUCGCUCAGUUCUGGUCUAGUGGCAUUGGUAGUCAUGAAACCACUCAUUUUGAUUUUGAGAUUGCUUUUCACGGGAUAGAUAUUAUUAGAGAAACUGUCAUGCUUGAUGGAAGUGAAGCAUCUGCAAGAAUUGAGGCAAAAUCUUUAUUAGGAUCAGAAAAGCUUGUUCCUUCUGCUUCUCUAACUAAGAUAAAAACAUCAUAUCGACCUGUAGACUCUAAUCUUAGUGUACUUACUCCUAACCGUGAUAAGCUACCUUCAGGAAAACAGAUUCUUGGCCUUACUUUAACUUACAAGUUCAAGUUGGAUGAAGGAGCUGAAAUAAAGCCACGUGUCCCUCUUCUAAACAACCGCAUUUAUGAUACCAAAUUUGAAUCUCAGUUUUAUACUAUUUCAGACUCUAAUAAGCGCAUAUAUGCAUUUGGCGAUGUCUACCCAAAGUAUGUGAAGAUUCCUAAAGGAGAGUACACACUGCAAUUUUAUACAAGGCAUGAAAAUGUUCAACUAUUGGAGAAAAUGAAACAGCUUGUUCUGUUUUUAGAAAGGAAGCUGGAUAAAAAGGAGCACAUUCAUUUGAGCUUUUUUUCUCAGCCUGAUGGUCAUUUUAUUGGAAAUGGCACUUUUAAAUCCUCGGUUUUAGUUCCUGGCGGAGCAGAAGCAUUCUACGUUGGCGCACCUUCUAGAGAGAAACUUCCAAAGAGCUCGUCGACUGGAUCUGUGUUACUUGGAUCAAUUUCCUAUGGAACAGUUUCUUUUGGAAGCAGCAAAGAUGAACAAAAAAAUCGACAAUCACCAGUGUCUUAUCAAAUAUCUUAUUUAAUUCCACCAGUCAAGGUUGAUGAUGACAAAGGGAAGGAGAUCCCAAUUUGUACUAAAAGUAUCACUGAGCGUCUGAAAGAUGAGGUGAGGGACACUAAGAUAAGGUUUCUAUCAGGAUUGAGAAGAGAUACUGAAGAGGACAGGCUGGAAUGGAAAGAAUUAUGCACUUCACUCAAGGAGGAGUAUCCAAAGUAUACUCCAUUGCUUGCUAAAAUUCUUGAAGGUUUAGUUACUGGAGGUGGUGAUGAGGACAAGAUUGCACAUAAGAAAGAGAUUGUUGCUGUGGCUAAUGAAGUCAUUGAUAGCGUUGAUAAAGAUGAACUGGCAAAAUAUUUUUCAGUUAAACUUGAUCCAGAUGAUGAAGAGGCCGAGAAAAUUAAGAAGAAGAUGGAGAUAGCACGCGACCAGCUAGCAGAGGCUUUGUACCGAAAGGGAUUAGCACUUGCAAAUAUUGAAACUUCGGAGGCAAAACAAGUCGGUGGAGAGGAACAACCUCCGACUAGAAGUGGCCAAUUAGAUGAUUUUGAAGAGAACUUCAAGGAACUGAAGAAAUGGGUGGAUGUCAAAUCUGUAAAGUAUUGUAUGCUCCUUGUGGUGUGGGAACGUCGAAAUCAAAGGCUUGGAACGGCAUUGAAGGUCCUUUGCGAUUUGAUUCAGGAUGAAUCUGAACCACCAAAGAAAAAAUUCUAUGAUCUAAAGAUUGAUCUGCUCGAGGAAAUUGGGUGGGCUCAUUUAGUGUUCUAUGAGAAGCAGUGGAUCCAUGUGCGUUUCCCUUCAUCUCGGUUCGUCUUCUGAUUCAUUAUUUCACUUGUUUCUACUUUCUAUUUGAUUUGGACAUGAUUUCAUAUUGUUCCAGAACAUUCUGGAGGUUUCUAAACUGAUUUUGCUUUCCGAUUGGAAUUUGUUCUUGUUGGAGCUUAUUUUCUUGUGCUUCUGUGGGAGAACCCUUUUGUAGUUUCUGCAGAGAUAUAUACAUUUUGAUAAAAACAACUAGAAAUAUUACAUUAUAUCUGGUCUUAUUUUGAUAUUUUGAUGGGGAUGGUUGAUGAAUGAUUUGCUUAAUACGUC